AGUUGUAUGAAAAUAUAUCCCGGUAUUAGAAAAUUUCGAUUUUAGUUUUAUAAGGCACUCAGGGUAAUUUUAUUUUUGUUGCACGAGAUUUUACUGAAUAAAUUUUAGAUAAUUUUUUCUCUUACAAUUAUUGUUGAUAAAUAUAUUUGGAGCAUUAUUAUCUUCCAUAAAACAUUCAUUCCUUUGCCAUCACUGUUGAUGUACAGCAUAGGCGCAACAAGACGUCCUAGAUAUGUUUGACGCACGAAAAAUGCAUCCCCCACACUGGAACUCAUCCCAUUCACACCGUACAAUCCUAACAAGCACUCACUGUUGACCACGUGAAACCAGCCAGCACUCACCGUUUUGUUUACGCUUGCUAAGCACCAUGUGUUCAGUCGGCAACCCGUCGUACCAUGCUGUCGUUCGGCACCGUACACGAUCCGUUCCGUUCGGUAAAACGCACCCGACUCGGCUGUUCGGAAUUUCGCUUCGUUUCACCAAACAAAGACGAGCUUUUUCGUGCUGCUCGCCCAAGUGAGGGUUGAUUACGUGCCAAGCUUAACUGUGUCCGACCAGUUGACAGUGUACGGCCGGAUGAUGAUGAUCGUGUCGUCUAGCGAGCUAAUCCAUCCUGGUACUUAGUUAGUGUAGCAGUGCGCGCGCGAGUAGAGCGUUCUACUGCUUUUCUCCGACGCCAAACGGUGCUUAAUGAGUUACAAGUCGUGUGAUUGAUAGGAAAAAGUGCGUUUAGAUUUAAUCAAUUAACUAACAACAAGCGUCUACAUGAUUGAUGUGAACGUGAAGGUGAAUGGGCAGCAAUUAGUGCGGGACGCAUUCGUGCAUUAGGCAAAUGAUUGUUGCUAGCCGAUUGAGUGUUUUGUAGUGAGUUUAAUUAUGAACGAAAGCUGCAAUCAUUGCGAGGGCUUCGGAAGAGAUGGUUGUUUCGAGUGAUACGGAUACGGAGUAAUUGAGGAUCGAUCCAUUGUUGGAAAUCAGUUCAAUGGAAUUAUUCAAACGGGCUGUUUUGUGAAUCAAAUUUCCGAGUUCCUGUUUGGUACGGAAAAAAAAGUCCAUUUACACAUUAAGUUUGGUGUGCGGAGUAUAGCGUGCAGCGAACCAGAUUUGAUAGUUAAGUUAAGGAGAGAUGCAUUUACCAUUUGGAUGGACGAUGGAUAUACGAUACCGAAUACUGCUGUUGACGAUGAUCGCUAUGAUCGAUCUCGUCAUCACGCUGAAGGACGUGCGCGUCAGUGUUCCGGUCGCCAUCAAGCGGGGCGAUAAUGCAAAUUUGAUCUGCCAUUACGACAUGGAGGGCGCCGAGCUGUACUCCGUCAAGUGGUACAAGGGAAAGCGCGAGUUUUUCCGCUACACACCGAAGGAAAUUCCCGCCCUGAAAUCGUUCGUCGUCGCGGGACUGUCGGUGGAGCGCCCACAGUCGAACGGUAGCCAUCUCACACUGAUGGCCGUGGAGCCAACGGCGACGGGCAAAUACAGCUGCGAAGUGUCGGCCGAUCUGCCCUCGUUCGAUACGAUGAUCGUAUCCAGCGAGAUGGAAGUUGUCGAUGUUCCUGUUACAAAGCCGCUAAUUACGGGCAUCAAACAGUUCUACCGAAUAGGUGACGUAGUGCUGGGUAACUGCACGUCCUACAACUCGAAACCAGCUGCCAAUCUUACCUGGCUGUUGGAUGACAAAAAGGUCAAUGCAUCACAAAUGAUGCAAUACCCGGUGUACAAGGAUCAUCGAAGCGGACUCGACACGUCAACGCUCGGGUUGUUUUUUCACCUUUCCCAUCACUUUCUCGGACGAAGUAAACUGAAAUUUAGUUGCAUUGCUAAAAUUCACGACGUCUACGAGCAGCGCGUCGAUCGGUGGAUCGAGGACGAGCGGCCCAAGCUGAUGGCGGCCUCGGCCUCACCGGUCGGGCUGAAUCCAGUCAACUACGUACACUCGAUCUACGACCAGUCGUCGGCCGCAUCUUCCUACCAUCAUCACGACGGCAGUGAUUUCGACAAUCAGAACAGCGAUGCGUACAUGACGCAAAUACAAGGAGACAUGUCAUCUUCAGCAUCCAGUUCAGAACCGGGACGAAUAAUCCUUACGCUCGGCGGUCUGCAUUCUGGCAGCCGGACAGCACUGGCAGCGGUUAUGCAAAUAGUGUUUUCGACCGUGGUGACACUGCUUGCCGGGUCCGGAUGGGCUGUAGGUCAACGGCCGGCGUCUUGCGGUCGCCACCGGAGCUCCCGGUUCCUCCCAAUCUGAACGGUCCGUGCAGCGGUCGUGGUGUGAACAUAGUCAUAGUCGUCAGCGCCCUUCACCCGUGGUGCCCCGUGGUUAGUGGGUCAGAUCGGUUUGCAUUUGUGAGUGGUUUCCAGCUUUUCCCCCUGAUGCUUCCAAGUACACCCCGGAAAUGGUCCAGCGUGGGCCGUUUAGCAGUGGUGGGAGACAGCCCAGAAAACAAAAAUGUCCUUCAUUCCCUUCGAUUUCCCUCUUUUUGAGAUGGUCUGCAAUCCGCAAAAAAACCAUUCAGUCGGAAAAGGGCGAGCAACGGUUUUCGUGUCGCGAGAAGAAACUGUCAAACGGGACGCAAAAACAUCAAAAUCGUAGUAAAUGGGAAUGUGAGUAAAUGAGAAAAAAUAUAAAUAAAUAAACAAAAAACCCGACCGCAGAAGGGUCAACCAUAGCGGGCAUUUCUAUUUCGUUGUUGUGCAAUGUAAAUAUGGUUCACUGCGUCGCACUGGACAAGUCGCAGCAGCAGCAGCAGCAACAGCAGUUCGGUAUUUAAAAAUAUGAACAAACACAAACACGAAAGUAUCCCGCAAGAGAUUGAGGUUGGGUUGAUUUUCUUCGGAGUGGAACAGCGAGUGAUCGCCGCAUUAAAAAGGAUACGAUGUGGAAAGAGGAAAGAGUGACUAGCGGUCAUUGAAACGUGGAAAACGUGGAAAGAGUGACUAGCGGUCAUUGAAAGAUGCAACCUUAAACCGAGAACGGAAACGACGCAAUAUCGUCCAAAGCGAAUGACAGCUCAGUGCGCCCCAAGCGCUGGCGGUUGAAGACUUGAAUGGAGCAAAUUUAAUAAUAAAAAGAAAUCUCUUCUGUCAGUGUCUCAGCAGAUUUUUUCCCUCACGAUUCGGUUGGGUGUGAUGACCCCGUGAUGGUGGCGCAGCAUUGAAGAAUCGUGACGGAUCCCGUCACUAUUCUAUUCGCUACAGAUUUUUUUUUGUCCCUGUGCGCUAGUUAAAGUGAAAAGAUGCAAAUAAAGAGUGUUUUUCUUUUAUUUACCAUCCAAAAUACGAGGAAAAUAUGCAGUGAAACUCGAAGUAAUAUUGAAUAUCUGUCACUAUGAGGCUAGGGUAGGAUAACAUAAAGACAAACAAAACAGUGUAUCCAGAGCGGAGCCAUUCGUACCAGCAAUAGCAGGCUGCGACCAUAUAUCCCUGCUAUGCGACCUGCUAUGUCGAGGGAGUGUAUACGCGUCGCUAGGAAACUUCAGCGCUGUCUUUGCUGGAAAGUAAUUUCCUAUACCUAUCCUACUGCGAUGCGUUGGGGUUGGGAAAAAUUAUUUGUCCCGAGCUCGGUAAGGACUUCAGCAGACGGUACAUUAUUACGAGUUGAGCAGAAAAUCCACAUGAUGUGCCGCGCGUUGAAGGAUGUGUAAAUAUGGAAGGCAAGUCGUACAGUUGCGUAUACCCCGGGAUAGAUAAGCCGAGCCGAGAGGAAAUAAAAGGUGACAAUUAGGAAGGCAAUAUCUACGUACUCGUUCGGAAUGUGAGCCAGCAUUCAGCCCAUCUGCCUGAGUGAAUAAAGCACAGACAUACAUAUAAGCUCACACACACACGCAGGGACACCGAUCGGGGAAGGAAGAUGUCUAGGGAAUGUAUCAAUCGUGUGUGAUGAUGGUAGUGAGGCAGAGUGAAAGAGAGAGAGAGACGCACACACAGACGACUGUAUAAGAUGUAUAGCGACGUAUUGUAGGCGACUAAUGAAAGUAUUUGCGAAUAAAUAAUCUAACCCUGGUAUAAACAUGCCAGUCUUCAUGUUUU